UUGUUCUUUUGAAAAUAUCCAGUAUAUAAUAAUAUUCACUUUGCCUUAUUCCUCCACAGUUCACACAAAGCCUUCUCUCUUCAAAAAAAUUUUCCCCAGGGAGUGAAAAGGAACAAAAAAUCUUCUACUCAAGAAAAGAGAGAAAGAUCUUACUUAGCGAAACUAUUUGCAGGAAAAUCACAAAGAACAGUGAUGAGUUAUUACAAUCAACAACAGCCUCCAGUUGGUGUUCCUCCUACUCAAGGUUAUCCACCGGAAGGAUAUCCGAAGGAUGCUUAUCCACCACCGGGAUAUCCUCCACAAGGAUAUCCUCAAGGUUAUCCUCCUCAAGGAUAUCCUCCUCCUUACGCCCCUCAAUAUCCUGCUCAGCCUCCUCCCCAGCAACAGCAAAGUACUGGUUUCUUAGAAGGCUGUUUGGCUGCUCUGUGCUGUUGUUGCCUGCUGGAUGCUUGCUUUUGAGAAUCCAACUAUGCCAAAUGCCUCAAAUGUUGAAAAAUCAAAUGUUCUUACUGUCUCGCCUGCUUAAUUUUUUUGUUUAUGUUCUUUAAAUAAUUAAAUUGGACCUUUGUUUGGAAUUAAACUAAA